AUAGCAGCAGUGUGCGCGCGUGUGUGAAUCCUUUAUUUCUCUUGAACUCUAUGGAGAAGUGACGCGCUAUACCAGAGGUGUUAGUUUUGUUUCCCCUCCUGCUUAGAAGGCUGGUGUGAGUGUGCGUAGCCAUGGAGACCCUGGAGACCGGAGCCCGUGACGCUUUAACCUAAGAUCCUGUGUACAGGCUUUUCUCAUCAUUAUUCUUUUUUGUUGUUGUUAAUUAAUUUGACAAUUUAUAAUUUUUUUUGCUGCUUUACCAGUCUUGUCAGAACGUCCUUUCUUUGAGCUUCCUUUCAUGGUAACAUGAUACAGAAGGUAGUGUUUCACCUGCUCCUGGUCCAAGCAGGAGCACUCCAUUAGUUACAAACCAGCUGAAAUCGUUCAGUUCUGGACACCCGAGAUGGCCAACCUCAUGGACUCGACUCAGGUAGACCAAAGCAGUUCGGUCCUAGAGCAGCUGGGUUUGGACCCGAACUCGGAUUUCUCCGACUCAGGCGUGCAGCAGCGUUUAGAGGAGCAGCGCGAGAAAAUCCGCAGGGAGAUCCGCAAAGAGCUGAAGAUCAAAGAGGGAGCAGAGAACCUACGGCGCGCCAUCAGUGACAAACGCAACGCACACCAGGUGGAGAACCAGUUACGCUCCUCCAAACGCAGACUGGAUGCACUACACACACAGCUGCAAGAACUUGAUGCACACAUCAUGGUAAAGGGACAUGAUGACGGCAAGGAUGACCUCCAGUACCCGGGGAAGACGGGACGAUCGUCAGCCAAUCAGGAGCGCAUCAUGGCCCUGGAGCGGCAGCUCAACAUUGAGCUAAAGGUCAAACAGGGAGCAGAGAACAUGAUCCCCAUCUAUGCCAAUGGAGCCACUAAGGACAAAAAGCUGCUGCAGGCCACACAGCAGAUGCUGCAGGACAGCAAGACCAAGAUCGACAUCAUCCGCAUGCAGAUCCACAAAGCCAAGCAGGCCACAGAGCACACGGCCGACACGCAGGGCAAGCCCGACCUGUGUGGUGUGGAGUUAAGGAUUGAGGAGUUGUGGCAUCAUUACCGUGUGGAGCAUGCCAUGGCUGAGGGAGCCAAGAACAUGCUGAGACUGCUAGGAGCAGCAAAAGCUCAGGACAAGAAGGCUAUCACAGAGGCCCAGGGCAGGUUAACAGAGGCGUCCCAGAGGUUGGAUUUGUUGAAGGAGUCUCUGGAGCAGAGGCUGCGUGAUUUGCCGGAGGAUCAUCCCAAAGCGUGUAUCAUCAAGGAGGAACUCAUCCUCGCGUCGUCCUCGGCAUUCAGCGGCCGCAACAGCACCCCCUAUGUACACAACCAGUACAGCACGCUCAGCAAACCGUCCCCACUCACAGGCACUCUGCAGGUGCACUUAUUAGGGUGUGUAGGUUUGCCGGACCUGGUCCCUGGUCGCAGCAGGAGCUCAGCGGCGGUGUUGCCCAAUUUCAGCCCUGGUGACGGACGAUCCUUCAAACUCAGCAGCCUGAGCCUCAAAAUGCCCAGCAAGACUGAAGAGCUGUCCUCUGAGGUGAGUGCAGUGUUGAAGCUGGAGAACACUGUGGUGGGACAGACGAGCUGGAGGACGGUGGGAGAUCAGGCCUGGGACCAGACCUUCACUAUCGACCUGGAGAGGUCCAGGGAGAUGGAGAUUGCGGUGUACUGGAGGGAUUAUCGUUCUCUCUGUGCACUAAAGUAUCUCAAACUAGAGGAUUUUCUCGACAACGAGAGACACAGGAUACACCUAGAGCUGGAACCACAGGGCUUACUGCUAGCCGAGGUGACAUUCUUUAACCCCGUGAUAGAGCGAGGCCCCCGACUCCAGAGGCAGAAGAAGAUCUUCUCCAAACAGCAGGGUAAAGCUCUGCAGAAAGCUAAGCAGAUGAACGUGGACAUCGCCACCUGGGUGCGCCUGCUGAAGAACGCCAUCCCGAGCAGCACCUCAACCAACAGCUACUCACACAACUCACACACACAGCACCACUCAGGAGUAAUCCCUGAAGAUAAGACAGGUGUGGAGAGUGCGUCUCCGCCACGAUCAUCUGAAAGCCAAAGGAGAGAGGUCUCAGAUGCCGUCUCUCCCCCUGAUGUCGCCCCGGAGCGGUCAGGCCGGCUCAGCUCCCACAGUUCCCAGCGCAGAGGGCCACUCUGUCUGCAGGAUUUUCGUCUCGUUGCUGUGUUGGGGAGAGGGCACUUUGGCAAGGUGUUACUCUCUGAGCACAAGAACUCCAAGAAGCUGUUCGCCAUCAAAGCUCUGAAGAAGGGAGACAUUAUCGCUCGAGACGAGGUGGAGAGCCUGCUGUGUGAGAAGCGGAUCUUUGAGAUCGUGACCGGCUCACACCACCCGUUCCUGGUGAACCUGUUUGCGUGCUUCCAGACACCGGAGCAUGUGUGUUUUGUUAUGGAGUACACGGCUGGAGGAGACCUCAUGAUGCACAUCCACGCUGACGUCUUCUCCGAGCCGCGCUCCGUGUUCUAUUCUGCUUGUGUGGUUUUGGGCCUACAGUUUCUUCAUGACAAUAAGAUUGUGUACAGGGAUCUGAAGCUGGAUAACUUGCUGCUGGACACUGAGGGCUUUGUGAAGAUCGCUGACUUCGGCCUCUGUAAAGAGGGAAUGGGGUAUGGGGACAGGACCAGUACAUUCUGUGGUACUCCAGAGUUUUUAGCCCCCGAGGUCCUGACUGACACGUCCUACACUCGAGCGGUGGACUGGUGGGGGCUCGGUGUGCUCAUCUACGAGAUGAUGGUUGGAGAGUCUCCUUUCCCAGGUGAUGAUGAGGAGGAAGUGUUUGACAGUAUUGUCAACGAUGAAGUACGUUACCCACGAUUCCUUUCCACAGAUGCCAUUAGUUUAAUGAGACGGUUGCUAAGAAGGAACCCUGAGAGGAGGUUGGGCUCCAGUGAAAAAGACGCAGAGGAUGUGAAGAAGCAGCCGUUCUUUAGGGAGGUGGACUGGGAGGCCCUGCUGCAAAGGAAGGUGGUCCCCCCCUUCGUGCCCCCAUUAGAAGGGAAGGAGGAUGUCAGUAACUUUGACGCUGAGUUCACCAGGGAGGCGCCCACUCUGACUCCACCUCGUGAACCCAGGACGCUGUCACGCAAAGACCAGGACUGUUUUAAAGACUUCGACUAUGUCUCGGACCUGUGCUAGGGUACAAAGAUCACAGAAAAAGGGCUAAGGAAAACACAGACCAUACACUGAUCUUAUACUGUGACUGGGAGAUUUGGGCUGUGUUCCAAUCCUCCUCGGAUAGCCUUCCAGAUGCUCCCUUAUCGCUGUGUACGGCAGGGAGGGUCAGGAGAGGAAUAUAGGCUAAGAUUUGAGACCAUCACUGAAACAGUUAAGGUAUACAGGAUAAAUGAGGACCAUGAGGAAUUAUUCACCUUACAUCUUAUUCCCAUCUCUGUCCAGUUCUACAUCUCCUCCAACGUCACACUGUCUAAUUGCAUGAAGUGAUUACUUCAUGUAAAAUAUAAAAACAUGGACAGAAUUGUACCAAGGUAUUAAAUCCCUAGCAAGCUUUAUGAUUAUGAUUCCUUAUAGCAAGAAAACAAAGAAAACUUUUAAUCAGAAUGUCUGCGUUUCCACACUAGGCCAAUCAGCAGCUGGUCAUGCUUUCAGAUGUCGAUGUAUCGGCCCCUUCCAGCUCAAACAGGGGUGAUCCGUUAUCUCCAACUCCGCGGUUAGGCUGUGCGGAAUCUCACCCUGAGUACAUGUAGGAUUUCAUGAGCGCUGUAUGGGGAACAGCCAGGAGAACCCAUGCACUGACAGUCUUAUACAUACUGUGAUCAUCAUUUUUGAUGCGCCUUCUUUAAGAAACCCCAUCCUGGUCCUAGACAAGGUCAGGAGAAGUGAAGUCUGCUCUGUACAGUAAAACCUGUCGUCUGUGGCUCAUAAAUGUUGUAGUUUUGAAUUGCUGCAGAUCCCUCACUUUUCUUAAAUGUUGUCCUCAUAUUCAAGAAUAAGCACUAUAUUACAGUUGUCCUCUCCAGCGGUGUAGUCAAACGUGUCUCCAUUCAGUGUCUCGUCCAGAACUCGACUUGUCCUUACUUUCUCAGACCACACGAGGGAGCCACAUUUAUUUGGCUCAAUAAAUGAACAAUCCUCAAGCGUGAACCUGACCAGUAUGUGAAGUGUGUGUGUGUAUGUGUGUGUGUGUGCAAAGUUUUCCCAUUCAUUUUGUGAAUAAACCUGAGUGUAUGUAACUUGAGUUUCAUCUGUCAGCUGUGAUGUCAUAACCUCAUCGGGACAUGGGGUUUAACUGCAAAAAUAAAUAAAUAAAUAAAUA